AUGAGUUCCGUUGUGCGCGACUCUGUGGGCCGCGAGUGGGAGCGGGUGGAAGAUGAUGACGACAUCCUCUCGACGACGACAGUGAUGCCUGGGGAAGUUCAGGCACCUGAGAUGCCUUCGACUAUGACGAUGGGGCCUGCGGAACAGCAGGCGGAUGCGACGCCUGAGCGACUGGCGUCACAUGGCGUGAGUUCAGAGAGAUGGACCCCCUCAGUGAAUGGGUCAUUGGGGGGCCGAAACCUUUGGAGGGGAACGCCGUCGCCUCGAAGGUUGUCGUGGGAUCAUCGUGCAGCCAGAGCCUCGAACAACUGGGAGGCUGCGUCAGCCCCUGGCGCCUUGGAGGAACGAGCUGCAGGCCAUGGGUCUUGGGAGUGGUCUGACUAUGAAUGGUCAGAUGAUUCGUGGAGUUCGGACCCAUGGGGACACCACCUGGACACCGCUCGCCCCGGCUGGAGGCAUCGGUACCAUAACUGGGAGGAGCCAGCACAGGAUCCGGAGGAGAGCAUGCCACCGGAAGUGUCUGGAGUUCCCCUGCCUCGACUGUUGUCCAGGCGGGAGAACAGAGAGCCCAAUUUUUCAGUGGAUGGGAGAAUCGAGCCCGAGGACACGAUUCUCCCCGUGCGCUUCGGCAUGAUCCGGAAGGAGCUCGAGUACUCGAUCAAGGACGCCUUCGAGUACCCGAUUCACCGCAAGAACACCAAGGUGAUCAUGCCCGAGGACUUCGCAACGAUCAGCCGCAAGGACAUCAGAUCGAUCAAGGUCGAGGACUUCGAAACGAUCAGCCGCAAGGACAUCAGCUUGAUCAAGCACGAGGACUUCGAGACGAUCAGCCGUCAGGACAUCAGCUCGAUCAAGGACGAGGACUUCAAGACGAUCAGCCGCAAGGACAUCAGCGCGAUCAAGGACGGGGGGGCUUACCUGAAGCUUCAUUCGUCCUUUCCGCCAGAGUUCAAGGCAAAGCCAGGAGAGUCAUGGAAGGACUACUGGAGGUCGGUGGAGUUUUGGUUGGCGUCUGAGGGUGCCAACUUGCCGCCAGGCGUUCGUGCCACCAGGCUUAUGCAGCAGCUGAAGGAGCGAGCCGGGAAGAUUGUCAAUCACCUGAGUGUGGAGGACGUCACGGGCCCCGGCGGAGUCGAGCUGAUUCGGAAGGAGAUGGAGAAAAGCCCGAUUAUCAGGUUGCUGGAGCAUAAGGAGGUGGACAAGAAACGCCAGAAGUUUAUGAAGCUUUGCCGCUACCCGAAGGAGUCAUUGGAGUCCUUCAUUAACAGGGCUUCGAUCUAUCGCCAUGAGAAUGACUCCUGCCAGAACUACCGUGUGGGCACGAAGUUCUACUUGGGCCACUUGAUUGACGCCGCCCGCCUCACGAGUAAGGACCAGGCCCUCAUCAAGACGGCGGCCGGUGGACUUCACGAAGAGCACAAGGUGGUGAAUGCCAUGUUGGAGCUUUCGGAGCAGUUAGAGGGCCAGAGUGGAUACCCCAUUGGAAAAGGGGAGCCGGACCUGCCGGAUGAGGACCGUUACCUUGUGCAAAAGGGGUCCCGCGAGACUGGUGAUGAUGCUCGACGGCGUGACGGCCGGGAGAAGAGCUACCGCAGGUUCGAUGGCAAAGAUCGCCGACGUCGGGAUCAGCGAGGCCGCUGGAAUGGACGGGCCCGGAAACUCAAGCAAGUCUUUCAUGCCAUCUUGGAGAAUGAUGAGGACUCCGAGUCGAGCAGCCAGUCCGGUGAAGAUGAUAGCUCCGACUCGAAGGAGAACGGCGAUGACAAGGAGGAGAAUGCCCCGGGCCAGGACGAGGAAACCUCGUCGGAGAUCUCCAUGCCGGCGGAAGUGUACGCUCAGGAGUACAAGGCCAAGAAGAAGGUGAAUGAGCUAAAGCAGAUGCGGCAGUAUUUUCAGCGUGGCAACUCCGAGAAGACGAAGGCCUGGGUUCGAGAGCAGCAGAAGAAGGAGCCAUGCUUCUUGUGUGACAAGCUUGGCCACUGGAGCCAGGAAUGCCCGUUGAGGCACAAGGGCCCUCGCAAAAACGCGCAUUCUGUGCAGGUUACCUCGGGCCGCUCAAGCCAGGACCCGGGCCAAUGGAGCCUUCUCGAGAGCAUGACGCAAUACACGGUGGCCGCACCUGUUCGGGAUGUCUCUCGGGUUUCUACCUGUCUGGUUACGUCGUUCAGAUCAGCCCUUGCCACAGUAGAUCACGAAGCCUUUUGGUCUAUGCGUGAACUACACAGCAGCUUGAUUUUGGACUUGGGAUGCAUGAAGUCAGUGGCAGGGACUAAGUGGGUCAACCAACAUAUUGCGCGCCUUAAGCAGCUGGGAGGCUGGAUGAUGGCCACGAGAGAGCGGGAGAGUUUUCGUUUUGGUGAUGGCCAUGAGCUUGUGAGUGAGUAUGCUUUUGUCUUUGAAGCUACGGUGCUAGGCGUGAGGGUGAUCUUGAGACUCAGCGUGGUGCCCGGAGAGUGUCCACCAUUGCUUUCCAAGCCUGCGUGCACUCAGCUGGGUAUGGUCAUCGAUACUGAGCACCACCAGGUUUCCUCACGAAAGCUUCGAGUCACUCGCUAUGGAUUGUCUCAGACGUUCGGUGGGCACUAUGUUAUUCCGAUUGCCGAGUUUGCUGAAGAUAUGCCCCAGAUUCAUGAGCCCAGCAUCCCCCAGCACCUCGAAGCCAUUCCGGUGUAUGUGAACGAGAGCCUUGAGACCUCCCGAAAUGAAACAGGUUCCCGAGUUACGACGAUGCCCUCCUUGAGAUCGUGGACAAGACAUGACAAGCAGGUGAGCAACACAGUGGGCCCCGGAACCAACGGACCGGCGUGGGAGUUCGUCGUUCGUCGGGUGGUGUAUGAUGCUCAGAAUGGUGGCAAGUUGUUUGAAGAGUGCGUGACUGAGGCUACCCCGAUUAGGCAGCCUUUGCACGGAGUGUAUGAUACGACCACCAUCUUUAUGUUCAACACCCGCGCUGCGCCCUUCACAAGGAUGGAGUCUAGCAAUUCGACAUCAGAGCCCCCGGCGCCUCCCACUGAGAAGAACGAGGAGGCCCCGGGAGUGGAGGUGAUCUCCGAUGGAAGCUCCCCGACGCUGCCCGUGCACCACCGUCUGGACCGCACCGACGACGAACCCCUGCGGACCUCGUGGGAAGAAGUGGGCCUGGACGAUGCGGAGGAGAACCAAUCGGAGGACGAAGCAACCACAGCCCCCGCAGUCAAUCGCAAGGUCGGGGGCCACAAACUGGGUCGCCUUCUACGGGAACGGGCCAGGUCAAAGUCGGCCGAUACCCGCAAACCGCGCAAGGGCGAGAUGAAACGCCUGGGUUCCCCGAGGUUGAGGUCUUCGCGAGCCGAGGGGAGCACGAGGGUGGCACCGCCAACUCCGGCAUCCAAGGCCCCGAGCACUCCGGCACGAACAACCAAGGCGAUGCUGGAGGCGCAGGCGGCCGAGCUGGAGGAGCAGCUGUGGGACUACAUGGACCCGACCUCGAUCGUCGUCGAGGGCUCGAAGGCGACAAAGGCAUACUGGGUGGAGAAGGUUCGCCUGCUGGAGGAGGAGUUGGGCCAUUGCUUGGCCCCGGGCCCUAUGGAGCUGGACAAGCUGAAGGAGAAUGGCGAGAUCGACUCCAAGAUCGAGGAGGAGGACCGGGCCUCUACGCGUCGGGCGGGCAAGGCCCGUCACGAGGAGCCGCCGCCCGGGAGAACGAGGGCGGAUCAGAGAGCUACUACGACGCCCGAAGCCAGUGCAGCAUCGACGAAGGGGAGUGUGGAAACCAAGGGAAGGCGAGCGCCGGCGAAGAUCGGCGCCCUCACGGAUCAUACAGCUCCCUUCCCGAGCCUGUCGAACAAGUUUUCCGACGACGUGGUGAUCAACCUGAUGCUGAGCUUGCAAGGAAAGCUGUUCGCGUUCAAGUGGAAGCUCUUCCUCCUGAUGCUGCGGGUGAAGAAGGGAGUCGAGCACGAGAUGGGGCCCCGGGUGCGAUGGAGGAGGAAUCCGAAGUGGCUAAUGCAGCUACUGGGGCGGGAGUGCGCCAGCCUAUGGGGCCACCUGGGGGCGGCGAGACAGCUAUGCAACAGCCACAAGCAUCUACACUUGAUGCAGGGAGCGCCUCGGGACCAAGACCGAGGAAGCCGUCGAGGGGAUUGA